AUGGAACCACCCAAGCGCCGUCGCAUUUGGGCGAAGCGGCCGCCGCUGCCACACGAAGAGCUCCAAGCGCCUGCCGCGCAGCCAGCUCUUGCUGCGGAGGCCGCGCCCGCCGGCCAUCGGCGGAGACAGGUGUUUUGCCCGGGCAGGGGCCCGGAACAGCCAUGUUGCUUUGCUGCUGAUGGCAGCGGUCGCGCCGCCAAAGGAACCCGGGACGGGUGCUGCAGCUUUUGUCAUCGGGACAACAUGGACACUGCCUUGGGCACUGCGCGUGGCCGGAAGAUCGUGGCCCGCCUCUUGAGGCAAUGGCGCUUGAUGGCGCCCAACAUCUUUGAGGCGGCUUUCAACCAGAGCGUUUUGGCGGAGAUCGAUGGCGCAACAAGGGAAAGCUUGCGCGCCCAAGUGUCUGAGCCCAUGUGGGAGGAGUUGCUUGCAAAGCGGUGCUCCAUUGUCGCCGGCCCUUCGCCUCAAGAACUCCGUGAAUACCAAGACGGAGUGGAGCAGGAUAGAGCUUAUGUGCAGAAGAAGUUCUUUCCAAGCAGGACACGGACGGUCCGACACGCCAACCACCAAUGGCGAGCACCAAUGAACGAGGAGCUUCGUGGACAGGUGCGGGAUCUCGCACACAACGAUGCUGGCUUGCCUGCUGCCUACGUCAGCUCUGCAGCUGCUGCGUUGGAGACUUGGUGCAAGCGUGGGUCUUGGGACUUGUGUCGCCAAUGUGCUUCCGUGCAACCACGUCAUCUGAAGGAAGCAGCUUCACGAGACGCAGCCAAGGGAAACAUCAUCCUUUGCAAGAACUGUGCCAAAAAGGAGGACAAGAAAACAUGGAUACCCUCACCAGAAGAUGUGCCGGCUGUGCUUCGUGGCUUAUCCUGGGCCCAAAUUGAGGCGCUGCGGCCCUUGGACGUGGACAGCGGGCCGGAAUGGAAGGCUGAGUUUGGCUACUACUUCCACAGCAGCAUGAUCCGCUUCUCGUGGGCCCUGGACGACGUGGAGGACAAGAUCGAUGCUUUGCGGAGUCGGCAAGAGCGGAAGAGAGCAAAGAAGGCUUUCAAUUUUCUCGUGGACAAGGACAACUGCAACUACUGGAAAUGGAUCGAGCGGCACCGGCGCUUCAUGAACGACAAUCCCCGGGCCACGGAUGAGCGCCGUAAGAGGCCACUUCGCUACAUCGAGGAAGAGGGCAUCGAGACCGCUGUGUGGCCACAUCUCUACUGGGAUACCCGGCUCUGUGAGACGGCCACUCGCCUAGCGGACGUUCGUCGCAAGCAGCGGGCUGGCCAUCAACAAGAUCCAGAAGACGAUCCCAUGGGUGACGCGACGGGGGGGCAAGAAGACAGCAGCGGCCGCCAAAGUCUCAAGCGGAGCUUCCUCCUCAAAGCCUUCGGGCCCACAGCGGACUACGCUGGUGACUACAACCUCUUGCACUUCGUCUUCGACCUGUCCACUUGGUCGGACAUCGGCGGAAAGAAGGGCGCUCUGCGAGGCAUGCCGAUGUGGCAAGCCAUGAAAGGCGCUGCCUGGACUCCUCAAUACUGGCAGGUUCGCCACGCGGCCGCCUUGGACAUGCAAGCUCAGUGCGGUUACCCGGUCGCUUUCAUCACUUGGGCUCCCUUCGAGUGGUCCGCUCCCUACCACGAAGCACUUCUGCAGCAGAUGCGAGAUUUAGGCCGGCAACGUCUGGGGUUGGCCGGGCCUGAAUCUUUGCAUUUGGCACAUCUCUUGACUGAGCUCUUCAGGGAAUGGGUCUGUGGUGGCGGCCGCAAGUUCGGCGAUGCCACGUCGCAGUGGAAGGCAGCUCUGUUUGGUGGCACGAAGCCGGAUGGCAGUCGGGUUAAGGUCAACUUCGUGGGCGCCGUGCAUCUCCAUGGGCUGGUCUUUGCCGAGAGCAUCAAGCACAUGAAGUUGCACGAGAAGUUCUCCGCGACUGUGCCUGCGGAAGGCGACCCGCUGAGAGGCUUGGUGCUCGAUGGCCAAACGAGCAGGACGGGCAGCGGCUGGCCGGUCUUUGAAGGACCUUCUCACUAUGACGCGGCCGUGGACAAGGUGAAGCUUCACCACUCCAUGGAGGACAAGCGGCUCGGCGUGCGAGGCUACAGCCCAGAAGUCCUGGACGUCUUGAAAUGCCAUCAGGAUGCGCAGAUCGAGCGCGGCACCGGCCUCAUGCUCAAGUACGCCGCCACCUACUUGCCCAAGUUCAGUGACGGUCCUGGCAAGGAGCUCAUGGAUGACAGUAGCAGCGGCUAUGGAGCUGCCAGGCGUGCCCUUUUCACUUUUCAUCCCGGAGAGCCUGAGAUGUGGCUGCUGCUGGCCAAUCAAAGCUCCCCCAUGUUCGUGAUGGGUGGGACUAUGCAGCCGAUCAUCGCGCCGCACCCAGGCAUGGAGCAGCCCCCGGCUUACGUGGCGCUCUACGAGCAGGCCGCCUGGCGCGGCGAGAUGACUCUCCUGGAGUACUUGCGCAGGGUCAACAACAAGGGCAACAUCUUGGAGCACAUCCGGAAGGCCCACAUGAAGGACACCAGAGGCCUCAGUUUAGAGAGCUUCGCGGUCCGUUACGAGACCUUUGGCGAGAAAAUCAUAGCUGCGGAGAUGGUGUCCAUGCUCAACGAUAAGUACUAUGGCCAGUGGAUGGCAUUGAACGUACCCUUCCAGACGCUGAGUGGCUUGCUUGUGCCAGACAUCGUGGACAAGGUGCCUGAACACGUGAAAUUUUUGGCUUGCGCUCUGCAUUGGGCACCGCACGUGUGGCGGAACGAGCAGGCCAUCCGGGAGCACAUGGCUUUGAGGGCGCACAAAGAAUCCCUGGUCAACACAGUGGUUCAAAUGAUCAAGACCCAGGAAUUCUUCAUUCACCUGCAUUUGAACGGGCACCUGGAACGAGAGACGCGCGUGCGGCCGGCUGCGCGGGUGAUGCCUUCUUACUUUGAAGAUGCGGAGAGCGGCUUGCGACUCACCCCGGAGCAGAAGCGGGUGGCCGACAACAUCGACCAGCGCGUCGAUCAAGCCCUGGCCAUUCGAGACGCUGCCGACGAGCAGGAAAUGGAGCGAUUGCUUGGCCUCGCAGAAGAGCACGGUUCCAUGGUCGCCGUGUCUGGCCAACCCGGCACCGGCAAGACUGCCGUCGUGGACCUCUGCGUCAAGCGGGCCCAACGCCUGCAAGCCCGGAUCUUGCUGGCCAUGCCCACGGGAGUUCAAAGGUCUCGAAUGAAGCAACGCCACCCUGAAGUGGACCUCGACACUUGCCACGGGGCCUUUCUCUUCCACAAGCCGCUGGUAGAGGCCAUGGGUAUCAUGAUGUGCUAUGAUCUGAUCGUCGUCGACGAGGCCGUCCAACUUUUUGAAGAGCAUUUUGAACGGCUGGAUCAAAUGUGGCGGGCGGCGGGCAAGGUUCCGUGCCUGGUCUUCGUGGGCGAUGAGUGGCAGUUGCCGCCGCCGGACAACACCAAGCGCAGCCUUGUCCACCACCCCAAAUGGCGCCUGGUCUACAAGAUUGAGCUCCACAAGGUCUGGCGCCAAGCCGACGGAGACCCCUUGCUGGAGAAGCUGGCCUACCUGCGCAAGAACCGGCCCAUGGGCGGGGAAGGCAGCGCCUUUGUGCGAGAUAUGUGCAGCGGUCGCAGAGCCUGGUCUGGGCGCCACGAGCCCACGAACCUGGACAUCCAAGACUUGCUGCGCAAAACCGAUGGGGCUACCACUGUCAUCACGUGCACUCGAUGGGGCGCUGCUCUGGUUAACGCUUUGGCCGUGGAGGUGCUCUUCGAGCUACCCGGCCGCAUCAAAUUGGGCGGCGUAGGCGCUGACUACGAGAGCAACCCCGACAACUACCAUUGGAACGGGGUGGCCUACGAGAUGAGGCAGGAUCAAAGCCCGGAGCCCUUGAAAUUAGACCUCUACGAAGGUCUGCGGAUCCGCCUGACCCGGAACAUGAACAAGAGGCUGGACUAUGUGAACGGCAUGACGGCCACGGUCCAAGCCUUCGACCGGUCUUCCGGGGGCGUCAUUGUGGAGACCGAGACCAAGCAGGUGCUCUGCGUGUACCCCGUGACGGAAGAUGCCGCCGGCGGCCGGGUGGUCUACUACCCGAUGAAGCCCGGGUACGCAGACACCGUGCACAAGUUCCAGGGGGCGGAGCUGGCCCACGUGACGUUUUGGCCUGACAGGGAAGGGUGCGCAGCUGCUGCCUAUGUGGCUUUAUCCAGAGUUAAGAAGGACACCGACUACCUCUUGGGGGGCUACAUCAAGCCGGAGCACUUCGUUCCUGCCAGGUGA